CCUUUGGCAGCCUACCGAGGCGUGGACAAUGCCAACAGGCUACUGGCCGUGAUCGGGAUCGCCAACGCCGUGGGCCGAAUCGCACUCGGCUACGUGUCCGACAAACCCUGGAUCAACCGAUUGUUGGUCUACAAUAUGUGCCUCACUGUUUGCGGAAUAGCUACGGCUCUCAGUCCAUUCUGCAAUUCCUUCGUUACUUUCGCGAUUUACGCCUCGGUGUAUGGAUUUACGGCUGGUGCCUACGUCGGGCUUACCUCGGUCUGUCUGGUCGAUCUGGUUGGUUUGGACCGUCUGACCAACGCCUUCGGUCUGGUCCUGCUGUGCCAAGGCAUCGCCUCUUUUCUCGGCCCGCCACUGGCUGGCUUCCUGUAUGACAUUUCGGAAUUGUACGAUCUCGGGUUUUACAUGGCUGGAUCGAUGAUUGCAAUCAGUGGUUUUAUGCUGUACGUCAUACCACCGAUCCAAAAGAGAAUCAUGUCAAAAGACGAGAAGAUGCAGAGGAUAGUCGCGCUUCCCUAGAAAUUUAUCAAAUUAGAUGAUUUUUCGAGUUUAAGACUGCGCGAGUCUUUUUUUACUUUGGUUACGUUUUUUUU